GCUCCUUCCCCCUGCGCCGUGCUGAGCUGGAAAAUGGCUGUGUAGGGGGAGAGCAGGGAGUCAUGAACGGGAAAAGAAAGAAAGAGCGAGAGAAAGAAAGAAAGGCGAAGCAAUAAGUGCACAACAGGGUUUUUGAUACAAGUUUAGCACACCUCGAAGAAGAAGCUGUCGUCCGCGAGCAGACGGACACCACACGGACUGUGUCUGCCAACUUUGAAAGUGUGUUUUUUUUUGUUGUUGUUUUUUUUCCUUUUUAAAGCGCCGCAGCCAAAAAAAAAGUGAGAAGAGUCAAGAAAAUAUCCGCGGGUCUGUCAUAAUCCGUGUCCAGAACAUGUGGGAGCCUGAGAGAACCGAAGAGGAUUAAAGACCUUCCCACUCUGUCCUCACUCUUGUCCUCCAAUCAGACCACUUCAUUUGACCGCGGGGAUCCAACACCGCCGACGCUGGGCCCUCGACUGGCAAAACCUUUUACCCAGGCUGCUCCACUAGCACCCAGCCAGCAGGUUUUCACUGCUUCAAAGAGCAUGUUGCCAACGCUCUCCCUCUGCUCCAUCAUCUGGCUCAACCGGGGUAUCAAGCUGAGGAAAGUGCACCAGUCCACCAACACCGGUCAGGUCUGAAACCGCUGCCGCCGCAGACAUAAUAGCAGCAGUACGCAACCUUGUCGACUUUUGAAAAUGCUUCUAAGCUUCGGGUGACUCCCCCGCCUCCCCUCGUCCCCCCUGACCCCCUGAGCCACCACACCAACACCAGAUUUUAGUGACUCAAGAGCCUUUGUGGUUUCUGAGGAGGAUUUCUGUAUAGCCGAACCCUGUUGCCGCAGUGGGACUCGGUCUGCAUCAUCGGUGGCCAUUUUGAUUUCUGCCUCCCUAACAAAAUGGCAGCGGAAGGUUUUCAGUACCUUGCCCUCUAUGCAUUUACCAAGGACCAGGAAGAGGACUUGGAUCUGCAGCCCGGGGACCUUCUGACAGUCAGCAAGGCCUCUCUGCUGUCUAUGGAGAACUACCAGGAAGGCUGUGUGGAGCACCCAGAGCGCCUCGGCUGGCUCCUUGGAUACAACGAGCGCACCAAACAGAGAGGCGACUUCCCAGGGACAUAUGUCGAGUACGUGGGCCCUGUGAAGAUGGCACUCCCAUCGAGUCAACCCAGGUCCCAGCGACCCCUGCCUGCUGCUCCAAGACCAGAGUCGUCUCAAGCUGUUUCUGUGCCGGACCUGAGCGAGCAGUUCACACCACCAGAGACGGCUCCCCCAACCCUCGUCAGCCUGAUCCAAGCCAUAGAGAAAAGAGGUCUGGACUGGAAGACAUUGUACAGACCAACUGAUUCUUCAGGUUCAGACAGCCCAGUGUACAGCCUGAGCUCUGAGAGUGAAAUGGGUCAGAAAGAUGUGGAUCACCUGUCUGAGUGUGUCCUGCAGUACCUGAGAGACCUCCCGUCACCCGUCAUCCCCGCCUGUAUCUACCCUCACCUCCAAACUGCUGUCACUCUGCAGCAGCAGGUCCUCCAGCAGUCAGCAGAUGGUGCAGUCGCUGGAAGCCAUGGCAGAGAGGUAAGCCUGGUCCUGGAGGGCUCCACCACCGUCCCCCUCCAUCACCGGCUCACCCUGCAGUACCUCCUCACACACCUGGCCAAGGUCACCCAGGCACAGGCCAGCAAUGGCCUAGACACACACACGUUGGGACAGAUAUUUGGACCCCUGCUGAUACAGACAGGCCCCUCAACCCCUUGGUUGUCAUUGGAUGAAGAGUUUCCUGGUCUUGUGGUGGAGAGGCUGCUGAUAGAGAGAACUACGGAGCAAGACCUCACUCCUCCAGUUCUUCCAGCAAAGCCAGUCAAGUCAAAAAUGGCACCAUCAGCCAUGACAGACACAAGUGGCCUGCUGACCGAUGCUGAGUGGUACUGGGGAGAAAUCUCCAGAGAGGAGGUGAAUGAGAAGCUGCGAGACACUCCAGAUGGCACCUUUCUGGUUCGAGAUGCCUCCAGUAAACUGGAAGGCGAGUACACCCUGACCCUCAGGAAAGGGGGGAACAACAAGCUUAUAAAGAUUUACCACAGAGACGGGAGUUACGGCUUCUCAGAGCCUCUUACCUUCCUGUCUGUGGUGGAGCUCAUUAAUCACUACCGCCACGAGUCCCUGGCCCAAUACAACGCCAAGCUGGACACUAAGCUCCUGUACCCUGUCUCCAAAUACCAACAGUUGGUGAAGGAGAACAGUAUAGAAGAGGUGGGAGAGCAGUUGAAGGUCUAUCAUGAGCAGUACCAGGAUAAGAGCCGCGAGUACGACUCUCUGUACGAGGAGUACACACGAACUUCACAGGAGCUACAGAUGAAGCGUACAGCCAUCGAGGCCUUCAAUGAGACCAUCAAGAUCUUUGAGGAGCAGUGCGAGACCCAGGAGCGCUACAGCAGAGAGUCUUUGGAGCGGUUCCAACGGGAGGGCAACGAAAAAGAGAUCCAAAAGAUUCAGAGCAACUCUGAGCGCUUGAAGUCUCGUGUGAAAGAGAUCCAUGACAGCAAGCGUAAGCUGGAGCAGGACCUAAGAGAGCAGGUGUCCGACAACAGAGAGAUCGACAAAAAGAUGAACAGCCUCAAACCGGAUCUUAUGCAGCUCCGCAAAAUCAGAGACCAGUACUUGAUAUGGCUAACACAGAAGGGGACAAGGCAGAAGAAAAUCAAUGAAUGGCUGGGCAUAAAGAAUGAUGCUGAUGACUCCUACUCACUGGAGGAGGACGAGGGCUCACCCCACCACGAUGAGUGUACCUGGUAUGUGGGUGAUAUCAAACGCACCCAGGCUGAGGAGAUGCUGAGAGGCAAAUGUGACGGGACCUUCCUCAUCCGUGAGAGCCAAUCACAGAAGGGCUCCUACGCCUGUUCCGUAGUUGUGGAGGGUGACACCAAGCACUGCGUCAUCUACAAGACGGCCACAGGUUAUGGAUUUGCCGAGCCCUACAAUCUCUACUCGUCCCUGAAAGACCUGGUGCUCCACUACAAAAAUGUCUCUUUGGUCCAACACAACGACCAGCUGAAUGUAAAUCUGGCCUACCCAGUCCUGGCCCGCUCUCAGAACCAGAACCAGCACCCUAGAUGAAUUAUCCACCAGCAGUUGUAGGACACCAACGAGGGUGGGGGAAACAAAAUUUGUUCGUCAUGUGCAUUGGGGAAAGAAUGAACCUCUGAACAAUGCUUGUUCUUGUUUAAGUGGCGAUGAAAAUAGACUCAACAGCCACGAUUUGAAAUUCAUAAGUGCUUUGGCUGGUCGCUGGUGCUAAUUUUCCCACACAGACCCCAGUCCAGCAAAGAGCACUCCUUGCUAACAGCAUGGCUUCAAAAUAAGCACACUACUACGAAGCACUGUACAGUUGACAGCUGACGCAGUGAGUUUUAACUUGAGGAGAGUGUCACAUUAGCCAGCCGUGACUCUACAGUGUCAGUUAUGAAAAAAAAAAUUGUGAGAAAUUCACAAAGAAAAUACCUUUGAUAGAGAGACAACAACGACUAAAUGUGUUAAAAGAAGACAUAAUAAGCACAGAAAUUUUUCAAGAUCGUGGGGAAGACGAGAGAAACCAGACGGCGGGAUGAUGGGAAAAUUUACAGGAGGCACUUUUGUUUUGUGUUUUUUGCCUCAUACACGUGAUAAUUGUCCAUAGACAAAGGCCCAAUCUGUCACCCCCAGACUGCCUGCAAACUCUCCGUCGACAAAAGCCUGAGCUGUCAUCCACUGAACGGACUGGCUUGGCUAAACCAGGCUGCUCGCUUCACACCUAAAGGCUGAGAAAAACGUGGACCAGGGGGGUGUAGUCACUGGAGCCGGGAGGGGAGGACGUGGGAGGGAUUGGGAGAGAAAUUGCUGGGGGUUUUUGUUUUUUUCAGGGGGUUUUAAAAAAAGAUGGAUUGAAUUUACAGCUUGCUUAAGUGCCAUAGUAAUAGCUUUGAAUGACCACAAGCCUGUGUCACUAGAACAAGGGGGCACGUCGAGGUUGAAAGAAGGAAGGAGGGAAUGAGCGACUGUCGACAUAGACGAAGCUACAGCUUUAAAAGGUACACACACAUAUAGGUAUAUUUUUUAUGAAAUGAUCUUUAUUUCCAACUGCUUUGGCUUGUUGCUCUCUCUCUCUCUCAGCGGGCCUCCUUUUGAACUGACGAGGUACAACGUACAGUAAAAUGCUGUAUUACAGGAUAGAAAUGCAUGGUACAUAUUUGGUAUAUUGUGAAUAUAAAAACGACUUCUUAAUCACAAAAACACUAGAUGGAGAGGUACAUUGAUAAAUGCAGCUCCAUGUGAUUCGGGUUUCUUUCUAAAUGGAAAUUGUGGAAAAACUCCUGCAUCCAAACGUCUUUGUUUCAAACUUCUCCCUUCUUUUUUUCAUCCUCUUUAAAACUGUAGCACCUGUAGCCAUUGACUUAAGGCAUAACUGUUAGUGCUCCUCUUCUGUGUCUUGUUUCUAUAUGCUUAAGACACGUGCAGAGCAUCAAUCUAUGUGAUUAUCGUAUCUUCGGUACUGUAUUUGCCUCGUCUCUAGUUAGAUUGUUUUUAGCGGUAUAAUGUCCUUGCAGAUGUUUAUUGUUUUUUUUUUUAUGCAGAUUUUACUCACGGUACUUCCUGCUUCCCGCCCUUGUGCUUGACUGUUCCUUUCAUCACAAGCUUGACUCACAGAGCUGUAGAACAUUGAUGUACAAAACAAACAAACAAACAAAAAAGAAAGCAGUAAUAUAACUCAUGUACAGUAUAUUUCAGACACACAUGCAGUCAGUGGAUGUGACUUUAUGAGAUUUCAUCGCCGUGUCUCUUUAUGUUUUCAGAUUAAUUGCUAUGCUCUUAGAUUCUGUUAAAGGAUGCACGGUAUCCAGCUAAUGUGAGCCAAAUGAAGGAUGUCUUUUCAUGUAGCAAGAAAGAAAAGAAGAAAAAAAAAAGAACCAGUCCUUUUGCCAUAUAGCAUGGCCUCUGUGGUCUGAGAGAUUAUCUAGUACAGUACGCAUGGAGUCCUUCAUUUGGGUUGUGUUUGGUUUUUUCACUUGGAACCAGUGGUUGAUCAUUGUACUUUGUGUAGUGCAUAUACAGUAUGAUGUGCAGUACUAUGCACAACACAGUCGUUUGUGGAUAAUACGUUUCUUUGUUCCCUCCGUCUGUUCUGUGCUGUGGCAGUGAAUUUCUCCCCCCGUUUUGUCACUUUUAAAAGCACAGCUCAUUACUCGAGAGGCGGGUUAUUCAGUUAUUUUUGUGUAGAAAAGAAGGAGAAAGAUAGAGGCGUCACGUGAUGCCUCUUUUAAAUUCGAUUUACAUAGUUUGAUUUCUUGAGAAUAUAUUUCCUACUUAUAGUAGACUCAGAUUGUCAAAAAGGUAAAGAAAAAAAAAAGUAUUUUUGUAGAAAGAUAUAGAGUCAAAAGUCAUUGGCAACAGAAAGUUUUAGAGAAGUUGUAUUUAAAGGUUGCACAUUUGGCUUUUUGGAUUUAUUAUUGUUGUUGUGGAAGGACAGAAGUCGACGUUUUUGAUUCCCCAAAACUGAGAUAUUCACCUACUCUGCUGGACAUCAAAGUCUGUGAUGACUUAAAGUUUCAUCGCUUUCUGGCAUAGUGUCACUUCUGUGAUUUUUAUUUAGCAACAUUUUGUUUCCCCCAAACAGACCAAUCCCAUUUUCAAGUGAAACCGAACUCGACCUGAAAAGUUUUAAUCAAGACAUCAGGACAAAUCAACUGUACUGUACUUUGCACAGUUCUUGGCAUGUAGAAAAUCCCAAGAAUUAAACUAGAGGUGACGGCGGUGCUUCUGAUUAGAGGGCUAUACAAACACGUGAGCGAGAAAGAUUAGAAGUGCCUUUUAGUCAUUGUGAUGAGCUCGUCUUCUCCUCGUUGUCAUUGGAGCGCUGCUCUACAAGAUGGUGCCACGCCACCACAUGCUGUGCCCCAUGGUUCACACGUUUGCCAUUUAUCAAAGACUAAAAAAGGUAUCUGGCAAAUUAGCAUAUUGUGUUGUGUGUGUGUGUGUGUUUGUCUGUGUGUGUGUCUGUGUGUGUUAGAGCAACUCUGAGCAUGUUAUAGAUUAAAGAGUGACAGAUUUUAGUCGUGCCUCUUUGUUGUUACAUCUAUAGUUGUUACAUAUUCUUUCUUUCUAUGGCGGGGGCUGUACAGUAGCUUGGUGCUCUCUCUCACUGUGCACCAAAGCUAGAUUGCUUUGGUGUUUUGUUUUUUUUUAUUAUUAUUAUUUGUCUGGUAUAUUUUUGAAUAAAACUCAGAUAAGAUAGAAAUGUGAACCGUACACAUCCGUGGCCCAGCCCAGUUGUUCGAAGCUCAUUUGAUAAGCUCUCAAGUUAUAAUGCAUGCAGCAUUUCUCAGUGUUUCGUAUUAAGAGUCGGUUCCUUUGUGAACAGGCAAUCCGGUUGAGUCAUCUGCCACUGCUGACACAUCCUUAAUCCAGUUUGUUGGACCAACACUUUUGUGACUGCACUUUUUUUUUCUGUUCCACACGCUCAAAGUAGUGUGUCUAACACCCAACAACCAUAAACUCACAGACAGUGGUGAAGCUCAGUUGUCAAUAGUGUUUUUAGUUGAUAGUUUUAAGGUCUUUCCAUACAGUAUAUUGGGAGUGAUUGACAUUUUUCUUUAUGAUAUCGGAUUAUACAGUGUACAGUAUAUGCUUUUGUUGUUUUUCAACAACUGUGUGUGUAAUUCUGAUGCUUUUGACUGAUUGCAAAGUUUUCAUUAUAGAGUUAGUUUUACUACAUGGACUGUAUAAACUCUGUAAUACUUUUCAAAACAAACUUUAAAGAGAGCUGCUGGCUCAUUAUGCAAUUUGUCUCCACACAGCAAGAUUGUCCAACUUAACAAGAUGAGUGACAUUAAUUUUCCUUUUACGGUCCACGAUUACGAAACAACAUUUCUUCACUUACUACUCCCGGAAAGAUUUUGUGAUCUUAUCUUUUUUUCUUUGGGCGGGACAUAUAGACAACUGAUUUUAUAAAUCCGAAUACAGGAAAAAGUUCAUGAACCAGAAAGUUCUGCUUUUAUUCAAGCUGUUUGCUUGAUGUUUUUUAGUUGCUUAAAGAAAAGUAGAAAUGCAGAACGGAAGAGUUUUUUGCAUCACUUGUUAAGAUGAACAUUUUUGCGGUGUCGGCAAACACUUUCAUCUGCCAUAUAUGCCAUAUUAAUCACAGAUGUUUAAUAGUUAGAUGCAAUGCAACAUUAGUAGCAAUGAAACCUCGGUCUCGUGGUGAGACGGGCAUGAAACGGGCAGAAGAUGAAGACUUUAUUGCGCUUUGACUUAGAGACUUUAAUCCCACUUUUUGGUAGAUGUUACUCUGAAACUCAAAGCUGUUAUCCUGCUCAUCUAUUAGAUAUGCAUUUGUGUCAGAGCUUCUUGAAAAACAUUUUUCUAUAUGACGAAUGAUCAUUCAAGGAAUUCAAUAUUUUUUCAUCGGCUUUGGUACACUGUAAAUGAUAUUUCUUGAACUGGCCUCACACACAAAGCACAUCUUUCACUACUACAAAGAAAGACCUAUAUUUGGUGUCUAAUAAGGUUUGAAGAAUGAGAGACAUACUAGAGAAUAAAUAUUUUGAAAUAUAUACUUAGAUAUCUAUAUUUUUGGAUGAUGUAAUUCUGAUUUGGGUUGUGCUUGAAACAAAUCAGAAAGAGGCUUUGAUGUGAACGUGAUCUUUAGAAUUGCUCCACGGCUGCUUUGUAUCCGAGCAGUUAUUGAAACGCAAGCGUUUUUACUAAUCAGCUGCAGUGAGCUUCAUCGUGAUCAGCAACAAACUUUGUGGUUACAGUUGAUCGACAUACAUGUAAUCUAUUACGCAUGAUUUAUCAGGUGCAUUCAGAGGAUGAAGCAAGCUUAUGUACAUGUGUUAAUAUUUACAGAGCUGAGUCUAUAUGUUAAAUGCAGUCUUGGCUGCUUUGCAUUUAUUAAAUAUUAGAGAGGAGUUGUUUCUUUUUUUUUUUUUCUUUCUUGAACUUGAGAAUCUGUUUUUUUUGUUUUUUUUGUUUUUUUGUCAUUUAGAAGAUUGUUUUGUUUUUUUUGUGAGUAGACUUGAGUGUUAAAGUUGCACCACAAAAGAUACACUUAGGAUGCUGCCACAGAGAUCCACCAUAGAUCGGACACUGAUGCUGUAGCAAAGAACCAUCUUACCACUGUAUCGUCCUUUUGGUAGAUCUCUGUGGUUGCUGAAGGGUUUUUUUGUUUAUUCAUUUGGGGUUUUUUGGGGGUUUUUCUUUUUUUUUUUUUUUUUUUUUUUUGGGGGGGAGGGGUGGCCUGGACUUACAUACAAACACAGGCAGGAAAAAAAAGAGAAAGGUAAAACCUGUUCACCUGACGGAGAAAAAGGUACACGAUUUAACGGUUCUUGAUCACUCCUUUACGCAGAUCUUUGUACGUGGAACAAUGAUGGCAUUAGAAAGUGUUCUUUUAUGGUGCCUGAGUAUUUUUAUUUUUUUUUAUUUUUUUCAUUCGGCUUUUUAAAAAAGCUGAUAGAUUUGUCUGUCCAAGUGUUUUUGUUUGUUUGUUUAUAUCUGUUAAUGAUAACCUUUACAGAGCCUAUAAAGAAAAAAAAUAAGCUAGCUUGAAAUUUUUCCUCCAUACAGAAAAAAAAAAAGAAAUACAAAUGUUUACAAUAUGUAAUUAACCAAAUAGUAAAUAUGCGUUUGAGAAUCAAUCUGUCGGUCCCUCAAAGUGGCUGUGAUUGAUUCAUAUUUCAUUAUUUUCUGUCAUUUUAAACUUGAAAAUGUUAUGACUGCUUGUUCUGUUUUCUCUGUUUUGGUUCGUUCCUCUUUUUUUUUUCUUUUUUUUUUUUGUACAUAUGAGAACAGUGCUCCCUCAAUUUCAAAGUAAUAACUCAACAAGAUUAGUUUUUCUGUAAUCCACAGGUAUUCAUCAGUCUUUGUCAUUCUUUACCUGCUGACUACUUCACCUUACACUGAGCCGUAUAUGCAGGACUGAAUCCUAACUUGAGACGCUGUUGCAUCUUUUUGCUGUUGAUAUUAUGUUAGUAUGGCUCUGACACACGUUUCUCUGGUAAGGAUUCAGAUCCAAGAAUUUAUAGCGGGUGACACCCACAUGUGAAUAACAGUACAAACACACCACUUGGUGAACAUGCUUGAGUACAGUUUUAGUACAUAAACAAAGUUGGAAAUUCAGGAAUAACUAUCAAGAGACAUCCCGUUCUUGAUUUUGCACUACACAGUAAAUGAUACUCAAAUGAAGCCGAAUCAGUUGCUCUAUUGGUUGGUUAACUCAUUUUUAAGACCAAAAUUUAUCCACUAUAGUCUCAGCUUGUGUGUGAUUUUCAUUUAAAUAUGAUGACAUUAACAACUGAACUUUCAUUUCCUUUUUUCUGCCUCUAUCCACUCUUUUCACGUCAUCACUUCUCAAUCUAGACUUUGACCUGAUUGGUCAGGUUGCCAUUUGUUCGGUUAGAAUAAUGGAAAUGUUGUAGUAUUUUUAACUGGUGUACAGUAGUUUCAUAUUCAAGACCCAACUCUGCAUGUUGGAAACAAAUUGGCAGUGAUCCAUCCAGCAAUGGCCUGUGCAACAUUACAGAGUGGCAACAAUUUAAAACACAUGUACGCGUUUUUACACUAAUAACAAGGCAACGUCUUGUCUCAUGUCCUCUACUAUGUUGUCCAACAACUUGCCUGGUGUAUCACUGCCUCAGCAGCAUCAACAGAUGUACGGUUAUAGUAAAUAAUGAUGAGGUUUUCUCUUUCUUUCAAAAACGAUGAAUGGAAAUGAACGGGGCAGUCACAUAAAGCUACUCUACACCAAAGUGCAAUUGAACUCAGAGGGAGCACUGUUGUUUCAGCCAGUAGAGGCCUAUUGGUUGAGGUGUGCCCAACCCCUAUGCACGAAAGAUGGUUACUCCUCUUCUCUUGUGUUAUUCUCCCUCUGUUGGUCUGUCUUAAUUCAGAUGCAACAUUUCUUUCUUUCUCUCUUGUGUACAGCUUGCUUCAGAGUUGUGUUUGUCUUCAGACAGGUACUCUUUCAUCUGUACGGUUCUUUCUUUAGGCUGAUGCAAUGAUUUUAAAAAGACAAUAAAAGAUAUAUGAAACAAA